AUGGCUGCUAAAAUACCAACAACAGCCUCGACGAAUGUCGACAUCCUGCCCAACAAAGAAGCUCAUACAGAAUGCCCAGACCUCGAAGAUGGUCCUAUCUCUAGAGAAACCAAGCACAAUUCCGCCUUCAAGCAACUAGGGAUCCUAGAUCGCUUCCUAGCUUUAUGGAUAUUUCUAGCUAUGGCCGUAGGAAUCAUUCUAGGGAAUUUUGUGCCCAAUACAGGACCGGCGCUCCAACGAGGAAAGUUUGUUGGAGUGUCAAUACCCAUAGCGGUUGGAUUACUUGUGAUGAUGUUCCCAAUUCUGUGCAAGGUGCGGUAUGAAACUCUGCACCGCGCCUUUCGCUCAAAGGCACUUUGGAUCCAGAUUUCCUUCAGUCUCUUCAUGAACUGGAUUGUGGCUCCGUUCUUCAUGCUAGCAUUAUCAUGGGCAUUUCUUCCUGAUGAAAGAGGCCUUAGAGAAGGUCUUAUCUUAGUGGGAGUCGCACGAUGCAUAGCCAUGGUUCUCAUAUGGACAGAUCUUGCAGGGGGAGACGGUGAGUAUUGUGCGAUUCUUGUGGCUAUCAACUCCAUACUGCAGAUAGUCUUGUUUGCGCCAUUUUCCAUCUUGUUCAUUCGAGUUAUCGGCGGAUCAAGUGAUGCCACAAUAGAGUAUUCGCUCGCUGCGAAAAGCGUUGGAGUUUUCCUCGGUAUUCCACUCGGUGCGGCAAUUGUUACACGAUUUGGCUUGCGCAGCAUAAUUGGCACGAGGUGUUAUGAGGAGAAGUUUCUGGUGUGGAUCAGCCCUUUGUCUCUGAUCGGCCUACUCUUCACUAUCCUGGUAUUGUUUGCUUCCCAGGGCCGGCAUGUGGUCCACCAGAUUGUAUCUGUCGUCAGGGUGGCUGCUCCUUUGGUCGUCUACUUUGCUGUGAUUUUCCUAGCAACUCUGUUGCUUACUCGUCGGUUCGGAUUUGGGUAUAAGCUUUCCUGUACUCAAAGCUUUACUGCUGCCAGUAACAACUUCGAGCUGGCAAUUGCUGUUGCCAUCGCCACAUUUGGAGUCGACAGUGACCAGGCAUUGGCAGCAACCGUUGGACCUCUGGUGGAAGUUCCAGUACUUCUGGGGUUGGUGUAUAUUGUCAAGUGGUAUGGUAGACGAUUUGAUUGGUAG